AUUAUUCCGUGAAAUUUCACCAAAACAUUUUGUCGACGGUAACCGCCGUCGCUUUCACAAAUCAAAAAAAUAUCGGAUGUACGAAUUCAACAAUCUGAAUUUUGAUGAAAACAUGCCUCGAAGACUCAGAUCUUAUAAAGAAACGGUACCCGACACAUCAAGAAUCGAUAAAAGCGAAUUGUCUUUGGAGACAAAAUUGGCUUGCGGAUAUGUUGAGAAAGACAGUAACGAAAAUAUAUCGGUAACGUCAAUGAUACAGAAACGAAUCAUAGGCCCACCAUUUACAAGAGGACAAAGAUGCAGAAUAAACAAUUAUUAUCUACCGAACAUUAAAAACCGAGGUCUCAACUACCAUUACAAAGUGUUUUGUGGCUCUUAUUCAGAGGAUGGUACAAUUUUUCUUUCCGCAACGCAAGAUAAGCUUCUGCGGCUUUACUACACAGUAAACGGUGUGCUGGAUGCUUUCAAAAUAAUUCCAGCCCGUGACGUUGGUUCAAGUAUUCUAGACACUGCCUUCAGUCCAGACGGAAGAUGCAUAGUUUAUUCCAGUUGGUCAGAGUGCCUCUACAUGUGCUCAAUUUACGGAGAUCCGAGACUCCAAGACGCUCUCUGGCUGUAUCCUCCCGAUCGUAGAUUUUGUAUAUUUUCUUUGGUAUUCUCGAACGACGGUAACGAAAUAAUCGGAAGUGCGAACGAUGGUCAUCUUUACGUUUACGAUCUCAAGGAGCAUCAGCGUACUUUGCGGAUAAAAGCACAUUCGAGAGACGCGAACGCUGUUACAUUCGCUGACAACACAUCACAAAUUCUCUUCAGCGGUGGUGACGAUGGAUUAUGCAAGGUGUGGGACAGAAGAAUAUUGCACGAUUCGAAUCCUCAACCAGUAGGUGUUCUCGCGGGUCAUAGGGCUGGAAUAACGUACAUCGAUUCGAGGGGCGAUGGACGACAUUUGAUCACCAACAGCAAAGAUCAAACGAUCAAAUUAUGGGACAUGCGGGCGUUUUCGAAUGCGGAAGGCGAAAAAAAUACACGCAUCGCGGUUGACAGUCAAGAUUGGGAUUAUCGAUGGCAACAAGUCCCUUCGCAAUUAUCAAAAGCUACGAGUUUGCUCGAAGGCGACACCAGCAUUAUGACGUAUCGAGGCCACUCGGUUCUACAAACUUUAAUACGCUGUCGUUUCUCGCCCCUUGCGACCACAGGGCAAAGAUAUAUUUACACAGGAUCUGCUGAUGGCAACGUUUUUAUUUACGAUGUUCUGUCUGGGAAAGAAGUUGCCUGUCUCCGAGGCCAUGCGGCGUGCAUAAGAGACGUUAGCUGGCACCCGUACCAUCCGCACCUCGUCCUGACUUCGUGGGACGGUUCGAUCGAGGUUUGGAUUUCUAAAUCAAUUACUGACGAUAUGGAAUUGUUCGACUUGGAUUCGAGUGACACGGAUUAGGCUUUAUCGAACCUCGGAGAGCUUAUCAUUACGAGCAUAUUCACAAAAGUUCGAAGAAGACUGAACCAAAAUACGAAAUAUUUUCUACCAGGUGGAGGGAAUUUUUAAAUCCUUUUCCCUCAAUUUCGAACGUGUUGAAUUUGCAAAAUUAUACAAUUGCAGGCAAUCCAAAAAUGCUUUGGUUCUCAUAAAAAAAAAUUUCACAAACGUUUUAUAACGUUUCUCAUAAAUUUCAUAUAAAAUUCUUUCGAGUUCGAAAUCGAGGGAUUUUUUUUUAUUCUUUGGUGGGUUUCGUUCGAAGAUAGAGUUUUUAAAAAAUAUAAAUCGAUCGAAAUCGAUUAUUUUUCCAAAGGUAUCGAUCCUCAUUGUGAAUUAGACACUACACAAAAAUAUGAAGAAACCGAUCGAGCUUCUUCGCAUCAACGCAAUGCGUUAUAUUCUAAAAUGAAAUAUUCGUACACAACGUACGUCGUUCGUCCUUUGUCCGUACCAAUCAAAACAUACUGCAGCAUCGAAGGCUCGUGUAAAUAUUGUAAAAUUCACUGGAAAAAAAUCAACAAAAGUGUUGAAUCUGUAAAACCUUUUAUGAUUCAUUAGCAAAGUAAGAAAAUAAAUUAACAGAUUUUCCAGCUGCUUA